CUCUAAGGCCUCGCCCCGGUCGCCACCAGCUGCUGCCAUGCCUGCGGGAGAGCCUCGAGGCUCCCCGGGCCUGGCACUGCCCCCCGAAGUGCUGGCCGAGCAGGUGGAGCUCUGGUGGUCCCUGCAGCCCCGGCGCUCGGCGCUCUGCUUCGCCAUGGCCGUGGCCCUGGUGGCGGGCUGUGGGGCGGGCGGCGUGGCCCUGCUCUCCUCCACCAGCAGCCGCUCCGGAGAGUGGCGGCUGGCGGUGGGCACGGUGCUCUGCCUGCUGGCCCUGCUGGUCCUGGUGAAGCAGCUGAUGAGCUCGGCCGUGCAGGACAUGAACUGCCUCCGCCAGCCCCACCACGUGGCCCUGCUGCGCAGUGGCGGGGGCGCCGACGCCCUCGUGGUGCUGCUCAGUGGCCUGGUGCUGCUGGUCACCGGCCUGACCCUGGCCGGGCUGGCCGCUGCCCCCGCCCCUGCCCGGCCGCUGACGGCCAUGCUGUCCGUGGGCAUUGCCCUGACGGCCUCCGGCUCACUCUUACUGCUGGGCUUGCUGCUGUACCAGUUGGGCAUGAGUGGACACUGCCCCCACAUCUGCACCACCACCCCCUCCACCCUCAGCGACCGCAGCGGCAAUGGCAGCGUCUUCAGUGUCUCAGGACAGUUGUCUUCGGGCCGGCGUCAGGAGACCACCUCCAGCAUCGCCAGCCUCAUCUGACCGAGCCACACUGCCCGCCUCGGCACCCGAAUUGUGCCAGGGCAUGAGCGUACGUGUGG